AUGGAAGCUAUUACAAACAAGUUUCAGGAAGUCAUUGGCUCAGUCAGCGGUAGUGCUGCUGGAGCAUACAGCGGAAAGUCGGUCCUUCUGCUCGGUGCAGGCUUCGUAACUCUCGAGAAGGCACAGGCGCUGGCCAAGGGCAUUCCAAAUGCCACUGCCAUCAGCCUCGAUGUCAACAACUCUGAAGCUCUUGACGCUGAGGUUCGCAAGGUCGAUCUUGUCAUCAGUUUGAUCCCCUACACAUUCCACGCAACUGUCAUCAAGUCGGCAAUCCGGGAGAAGAAGAACGUUGUCACUACGUCAUACGUGUCUCCUGCAAUGAUGGAGCUCGAUGCUCAGGCCAAGGAGGCCGGUAUCACAGUCAUGAACGAGAUCGGUGUAGAUCCUGGUGUCGACCAUCUCUCGGCUGUCCUCACCAUCGACGAAGUACACAAGGCCGGAGGCAAAAUCUUGUCCUUCAAGUCGUACUGUGGUGGUCUACCCGCACCUGAGAACUCAGACAACCCUCUUGGAUACAAAUUCUCGUGGAGCUCCCGCGGUGUUCUGCUAGCACUCAGGAACCAGGCAAGCUACUACCAGGACGGCAAGGUCAAGACAGUCGAGGGCCCUGAGCUCAUGGCUGAGGCUAAGCCUUACUUCAUCUACCCCGGCUACGCGUUCGUCGCCUACCCUAACCGUGACUCUACCCCAUACAAGGAGCGAUACAACAUUCCCGAAGCACAGACCAUCGUCCGGGGUACUCUACGGUACGGCGGAUUCCCAGAGUACAUCAAGUGCUUGGUCGACAUUGGGUUCCUUUCAGAAGAUCCCAAGGACUUCCUCAAGGAGGGCGAGAAGCGCACAUGGAGGGACGCUACGGCCAAGGUCCUCGGCGCAUCGAGCGACAAGGAUGAGGACAUCAUCUGGGCCAUCAGCUCCAAGACCAAAUUCGCUACCACAGAAGAGAAGGAGCGCAUCAUCUCGGGUCUCCGCUGGAUCGGCCUCUUAUCUGAUGAGCAGAUCAUCCCCCGCGGCAACCCUCUCGACACUCUCUGCGCUACCCUUGAACAGAAGAUGCAGUACGAGGAGGGCGAGCGUGACAUGGUCAUGCUCCAGCACAGGUUCGAGAUCGAGAACAAGGACGGCAGCAAGGUCGUACGCACAUCGACGCUAGUGGAGUACGGAGACCCCAAGGGUUACUCUGCCAUGGCUAAGCUCGUCGGUGUGCCGUGUGCGAUCGCGGUCCAACAGGUGCUCGAUGGCACGCUGAGUGAGAAGGGAAUUCUCGCACCCAUGAGCCCAGAGAUCUGUAGGCCACUCAUGAAGACGUUGGAGGACCAGUACGAUGUACGUUUCAAGGAGAAGACUGUCCCUCUGUAG